UGUACAUGUCGUGCAUCAGCGGAUACGCGACGGCCUCGCGGUCAGUAUGCACAUGUACAUGUAAACAUGGAGCCUUUUUAUAGCUCCAUGGUAUAAAUAAGACGAACUGCGACUGUGAGAGAGUUUCUUUAUGGGGGAAGGAUGAAAGAUAUUUCAGCGAUGAUUAUGACAAAAGAGAACGGAUGCUGACAUUUGCAUAGCGUGUUUUUAAACACUGGGUUUACUGGGUGAAACGCCAUGUUUCCCCCCUGAAGUGCUGUGCAAUCAUGUACAUCUUGAACCACAUGUACAACAAGGACUGGCAGUGGUUCUGCGGUAGUAACAACUCUGACCUUUUGGUCGACCUCUCGGCUGAAUGGAUCGGCAACACAUGCUUCAUCAACGGGCUAGAUGUGCUACCUCACCUAGCAUUCAUCAUCUUUUCUGCUCUGGCUUUAUUUCUGCUGGGCUUCUGCUGCAAGUACCGUGACCUUCCCAAGACGAACUACCUCCUGUGCUAUCCUGGGCACUCUGUCAAGUGGCUGGUGGGCAUUUUAUCUUUGGCCGUUUUAGCAGCAGCCAUUGGUGAGGGGGUUCUUACGGAUGAGACGUACCGAGUAUGGCACUACUCGACCCGGCCCCACUACUACGUCCCCAGCGCUGCUGCAUUCGUGGCCAUGCUCAUGUCGCUGGUUUACUACCAUCACAUGGAGAAAUGGCAGCUACCGGUCAUGUCUGUCCCGUUGCUGUGUUACUGGAUUUUGGCGCUGGUGGGAGAAGUGCUACGCCUUGUUAACUUGAGGCAGCAUAACAUUGCCAAUUUCACAGUGCUACGAUUCGAUGUGACCGUUCUCAUGGUGAUUGCGUACUUCGUCCUUCUUCUAAACGCGAUGAAUUUGAUCAGAAUAAAGGUGCUUUGGCCCAGAAAUUGGAAAAGGGUCACCGAGGACCUUCAGAAUAGCAACAUGCGAUUCCUAAAUGAUUACGUCAACAUCGUGUCCAACGCAACCUUCUGGUGGAUGAAUUUUAUAUUCAUAAAAGGCUACGAGAAACCCCUGGAACAAGACGACCUCGGUGACAUUCCGGAACGACAUCGAGCUAAUUUCAACCACAGGAAAUUCAAAGAAGCAUUUGACAGAGAAAAGGCUCGGGCUGAGAAAAAGGGCACUAGACCAUCUAUGUUCAGGAUCUACUUUGAUGCCUACUGGUCUGUUAUGCUGGUCUCUGCUCUGUUGAAGAUAGCAGCUGAUGUCUUAAAUCUUGUAGGUCCCUUGUGCAUCGGCGCUCUCACGUCCUAUGUUGUUACCCUCAGCUAUCCAGCAGAUUCCGAGUUGCUUCCGCCUCAUUACGUGACUUUCAGCGAUUUCUUCGCAAAUGGCUUCGUCCUCAUUGUGACGAUGUUUGUGGUGUUGUCGAUUAGGGUUUGUAUUAUGAAUGCCCAUUUCAAACUCUCCUUCAUGCUGAGUGCAGACAUCCGAGCGGCAAUCCAGAGCAUGAUUUAUACGAAGGCUUUGCGACUGGCCACUUUUGCUACCACUGGGGGCCAAAUGACCAUGGGUCAAAUCACCAACCACAUGUCAGCCGACGCCACCAACGUCAUGACCAUGAUACAGUCCAUGCACUUCCUGUGGUCUGCUCCAUUCCAGAUUGCCAUCAUCCUCAUCUUCCUGUACUUUGAAAUUGGGUUUUCGGCGUUGCUUGGAGCGGCCUUGUUCAUAGUUGUUCUUCCGAUUCAGUUUAAAGUUGCAGCCAUCAUGGUCGACAAACAGAAGGCUAUUCUACGUUGCUCCGACAAACGUUUGAAGCUGACCAACGAGCUGCUGCAAGGAAUUAAACUACUGAAGAUGUAUGCGUGGGAGGAAUUGUACAGCAAGGCAAUAGAGGUAGUUCGGAAGGAAGAAAUACGCAACUUACUUUAUAUCAAUCUGUGCCUGAUAACUUCAGUGUCUUUUACUUUUGGCGUCCCAGUCUUGGUCACGUUGGUCGCGUUUAUAACAUUUGAGCCACUCUCGGGGCAACCAUUGACGCCUGAUAUCACAUUCUCCUCUCUGUCCUUAUUUAAUUUGAUCGCGAUCCCUCUCUUGGUGAUGCCUGCGUCGGUGUCAUCUGUUGUGGGCUCGUUUGUUAGUUCCAAGCGUAUUAUAAAAUUUCUCUUGGCGCCUGAAGUAAAGGGGGACCGUGCUCUGCCAAUGGACACCGAAGGAAAAGUCCAGUGUAAAGAGAAGAAGGGGUACAGUGAUAGUAGCCGGGUAGUAUUUCGCAAAUUGGACGAGGCAUUGAGCGAGCCAACGGUCUCCAUUGGCGCCCAGGCCGACGACUCAGAUGAUCAGAGUGAUGACACCGAGAGAGCGCUGAUGUUGAGUAGCAUCUCGCUUUCACGGGGCAAAGAUUUGCCUGACGCUUCCACGAGCAAUUCAGACCAAGGCAUAGCCAUUAAGAUCACGGGUGGCAAUUUCGCGUGGGAUCCAGAAAGUACUUCACCUACUUUGUCCGACGUGAACGUGCAAAUACCAGCUGGCAAAUUGACCAUGGUGAUUGGCGCGGUUGGAAGCGGAAAGUCAUCUCUUUUAGCUUCUAUCUUAAAUGAAAUGACGACAAUCUCUGGGAAUGUUUACAUCAAUGGAGAAAAAGGGCGUAUUGCAUUUGCAGCACAGAGGCCUUGGCUAAUGAAUGCUUCUCUGCGAGACAACAUCCUGUUUUCAUCAAAGAUGGAUAACAAACGGUAUCACGGAGUUUUAGGUGCGUGUGCACUUCUGCCAGAUAUUGACAUUUUACCGGCCGGAGACAAGACUGAGAUUGGCGAGAAAGGUAUCAACUUGAGCGGAGGUCAAAAGCAACGUGUCAGUGUAGCGCGAGCGGUAUACGCUGACAGCGACAUCGUCAUUUUGGACGACCCGCUUUCGGCGUUAGACGUGCAUGUCGGACGUCAACUGUUCGAAGAAGGCAUCAUGAAACAACUCGUCAAUAAUAACAAAACUGUCAUUCUGGUGACCCACCAACUGCAGUAUCUCAGUAGAGCUGACUUGAUACUUGAGAUGAAAGAUGGCACCAUUGCCGCUAGUGGGAGUUUGAACGACAUCAUUAAGGCAGAUCCCGAGAUGUAUGAGGAGAUCAAACAGGUGUCAGCAGCGGGAUGGGAUAAUGAUCAGGCCGAGAGUGCUGAAGAAGAACGCUCUAAGUUGAAACGAAACGUUUCCCUUACAUCAGCAGAAAUUGCAAAAGGGGAUGGACAGCUGAUAGAGAAGGAAGAAAUGGUGCGCGGAUCGGUGUCUUACAAGACGUACCUGUACCUGCUAGGGAGCGUUGGCUGGGGUUUAAUCCUCUUAGUUGGAGUGGUUGGGGCACUACAAACAUCAUUGUCUGUUACAACCAACUUCUGGCUCUCUGAAUGGUCAGAAGCUGGCUUAUCCAACGAGACUGCAAGAACUUACACCGAGUAUCUUGUUGGCUACGCAUGCCUGUCCGUCGCGGCGGCACUAAGUCAAGCACUAUCAACCGCUAUAAUGAUUCUGUCAUUCAUGGUCGCCGCCAAGCGCUUACACCUGAGAAUGCUGAGGAAUAUCAUACGAGCACCAAUGAGGUUUUUUGACACUACUCUCGUUGGACAGAUCCUCAAUCGAUUUUCUAAUGACAUUCAGAUGAUGGAUUUUAGACUACCGGACACGUACAACUUUUUCGUCAUCAGCAUCAUGCAGAUUAUAGCGUCCGUGGUUGUAGUGGGCGUGGUCAUGCCCAUCUUCCUUGUGUUUGUCAUCCCAAUAGCCAUUGUGUAUUACAUACUGCAGAGGUUCUACUUAGCCACCUCCAGAGAGCUUCAACGACUGGAGAGCAUCAGCAAAUCUCCCGUCUUUGCCUACUUCUCGGAGAGUCUCGGUGGACUGACCACAAUCCGAGCUUACAGAUGCGAGAAUAGAUUUUACAACACCAUCCUCGCUCGAAUCGACAGAAACACCGCGGCGUUCCUUUAUGUGCAGAUUGGGGCAAGAUGGCUUGCAGUUCGGCUUGACGCCCUCGGAGUUCUGUUUGUGCUUCUCUCGACUGGAUCCACGUUAAUUGGCGCGCUCUCGUUUGGUAUUAAUCCCAGCUUGGUGGGUCUGAGCUCUGCUUACAGCCUGCAGAUGUCUAACUUUCUCAACUAUCUCAUGAGAGGUCGGACCCAGGUGGAGAUGCAGAUGAACGCCGUGGAGCGAAUCCAGUUCUACAGCGAGGUGGACCGGGAGGACUAUUCAGGUGCCGAACCUUCAGCCGGAUGGCCUCACAGUGGAGAGAUACGCAUCGACAAUGUCUCAGUCCGAUAUGCAGAAGAUCUUGAAGGUGUGCUCAGGAAUGUGUCAGUGUACCUGAAAUCGGGGGAGAAGGUCGGUAUCUGUGGCCGAACUGGAAGUGGCAAGUCGUCCCUGACCCUGGCAUUGCUGAGAAUCAUUGAUAUCUUUGAAGGCCAGAUAUUCAUUGACGGUAUGAAUAUCAUGAGUGUGCCUCUGACUACACUCAGGAGCAAAAUAUCUAUCAUCCCACAAGACCCAGUGCUGUUUACUGGACCUAUCAGGACAAAUUUGGAUCCUGAACGGAACGUAUCAGACGACGAAAUGUGGCACGCCCUGGAGAUCGCACAGCUAAAAGAUGUUGUCUCACAACUGGACGGGGGACUCGAUGCAGUGGUGAAUGAAGGCGGUGAGAAUUUCAGCGUUGGUCAGCGGCAGCUGUUCUGCCUGGCUCGAGCCUUCCUCAGAAAGUCUCGCAUCCUCAUCAUGGACGAAGCCACGGCUUCAGUAGACAUGGAAACGGACAAGACAUUACAGACCGUUGUUGCUACGGCAUUUGCAGACAGAACCGUUUUAACUAUUGCGCACCGCAUAGCAACCAUCCGAGACGCCGACAAGAUUAUCGUCUUGGACGGGGGUCGUAUGGUGGAGUUCGGUAGCCCCGAGGAACUCCUAGCGGACGAGGAUGGCUUUUUUACCUCCUUAGUCGGUGACGAUUGAGGGAUUGGUGACGGAAGAUACAAAGAAGCCCUGAAUAAUGCCAACCGCUUUGGCCAGUCUUUAAAACGGCGGGCACCGUUUGUAGUACGCCCAUGUGACUUCUCAAGCUGUAAACCAACUUGUGAUGAUGAUUUUUGACUUUUCGACGGGUCAUUACAUUGGACCAGUUGGCAAUCGCGCUAGUCAGAGACUGCCACAGGCUGUAUUCAGACUUGGUGUGAAAUCUCUGAGAGCAGCCUCUUUGCGGUAGCUGUGUUUUAUCGUUUCCGUUCCAACUACUGUUUCCGUUGAAAUGAAACCAUGUCAGCUGAAAUAUUGUCAAUAUGAAUUUUUCUUUUUUUCAUGAGCUCAUUAAAAUAUCUAACUGCCUUUUUCAAGGUUGAUAACUAAAAGAUAUUUUAGAAAUCAUUAAUUUCUGUAUAGUACAUGGAUGGGUUGCCUCAGGUUGCCUCAGGCGGGUAGGCAUAAAGUUGGCUAAACCCAUCCAAUUAGGCUUUCCCGUCAUCUUGGUUUCUCAAACUGAUGUGUUGUCACUUUGUACUGACGCGGCAACGAACGAUGAACGUGUCCAACAUUCAGAAUGUAUAUUUUUUACAUGGUGCAAACUCAAAUGUAUACAUGAAUUUGUUUGUUGUGGAAAGUGCAAAUAAUUUGGACGCAACCAUGUGAGGAUUUGUUUACUAGCGUAAUCCUGUUUCCAAUAUUAAAGUCUUCACACGUGCGCACCUUCACAUACAUUUUGUAUCUGUCCAUGGUGCGGUUUACCUGGACAGAUAUUGCGCUACCGAAACAGCAGUAAUAAAAACGAGACAUUCUAUGUCUGUUUGCAACGAGA